CGUCAUAUCUUCCAACUCGACCGCCGCUUCCCGGCCGGCGCAGGCGCGCCUGAGGCCCGCCCCUCCCCGAACCGUUAUCCGGUAAUUACCGCGACUGUCCCGCUGAAGCCCGACGCGCUCCGGGGGGGCCGCGGCCGCGAUGACUUCUUGAAGCGGGAGGAAGCCUCGUCUGCCCCCGCUGGAGCGCCGGGACUCUCCGCUCGGGCGAAGUCUGAGACUGGCUGUGAGGUGAUGGUGUUGGACUCGGGGGACGUCUUCAUGGAAAAGGCUGCAGGUGAAGGUGUGGGGGGCUGGAAUGUCGAAAGAAACCCUCCUGGGGGUUCAAGCACCCCCACCUCAAAGGACAAAACAACCAAAAAGGAGAAGGUCUUAGCAAACGGGCUCCCCGGAGCUGCGAGCGCCCCCCAGGCGGCACAGAGGAGAUCCACGCCACUGAGAUGUGGGGGGCGGCCGGCCCUACGGCGACCCCUCAGCCUGGAGGUCACCCCCCAGCGCCAGCGAGGGUCUGCGGAUCAGAGGGAGGAGCGGAAGAUCCUUCAGCCUCCCUGGCGCAGUGGGCCUGUGGCGCCCUCGCCCCCCAUGCGCAGCCUGACCAGCCCCAGCCUGGCGGGGGGCAGCUGGAUGCGGCGCAGUGAGAGCACUUGCUCCGUCAACUACCCGCUGUCGCUGCGAGCCGGGAGGGGGCGAAUGCGCCCGGCAAGCUCCCUCCCCCACAUUGCUAAAGGAGCGGAGGGCGUGGCACCCCCGCCUCCGCGGCCCUGCCUGCUGGUGGCCCUCAGACCCCUGAACCUGGAGCAGGAGAAGCUGGCCUUCUUUCAGUCCGACUUCAGUUACGAGCCUCAGUUUGAGUACGCGCAGCCAGAACCGCGGGGCGUCCUGGACAAGUACAGGGAGGGGGCGGGCCUCUUCCUGGAGCAGGCCGUGGGAAUCAUGGAGUGCGUCCUGAGGAAGUUUGACUCCUAUGAGCACUUUGAGGAGGUGACGGGGGGCGGCGUGCUCCCCAAAAGCCAAGUGUGGGCGGCCGUACGCAAAUACCUGCAGAAGGAGGGCUGCGUGGGCGAGGUGGUGGUGCGUCUGUCUGACGAGCUGCUGUCGCAGGCCGUCAUGGUGGUGGAGAGCUGCCGUCCCACGCUGACCAUCAACCUGGGCGGGGCCCGGCAGCACUGGCUGGAGGGGAUGCUGCGGCACGAGAUCGGAACUCAUUACCUGCGAGGCGUCAACAACAGUCUGCAGCCGUGGGCGUCGGCCGACGGCAGGAAGCAGUUUGGCCUGAAACCCGCCAACCCCACGGAGGAGGGGCUGGCCAGCCUGCACAGCGUGCUGCUGCGGAAGCAGCCGUACCUGUGGCGCGCUGCGCUGCUGUACUACACCGUGUUCCACGCCGCCAGCAUGAGCUUCAGCCAGCUCUUCGGGCACAUCGCCCGCUUUGUGCACGACCCCGACGUGCGCUGGGAGUACUGCCUGAGAGCCAAGAGGGGCCAGACGGACACCUCGCAGCCCGGUUGCUUUAGCAAAGAUCAGGUUUACCUGGAUGGGAUCCUGAGGAUCCUGAGGCAUCGAAGAAACAUCGAUUUCAAAAUGCUGACCUCUCUAGGAAAGGUGUCUUACGAGGAUGUGGAGAGACUCCGUCCGUUUGCAGAUCUUUCCCGGACCAGAAUCCCUCACUUCAUGCGGGACCCGGAAAAGUACCUUCAUCACCUGGACCACAUCGUCUCCAUCAACGAGCUGGACGACUCAGUGCUGCAGCAGCUGCUCCCCUGAGACUCUGCCCCCCUAAGCCGGAGGACACCAACUAUUGGUCGUGCUUUAUAGGAGACUACUUGUGGUCAAACUUGAAGGGACAGGAGUCUGCGCUUCACUGCAUGUUUGCUGCGUCCUGCUGCACACACGUACCUCAGACAGUAAAGGCCAUCCAUGUGCGCUUUUGUGUGCACUGCUUCAGUUUGCUUCACUGCUUCAGUUUGCUUCACUGCUUCACUCUGAGAGCUCAUGAUUGUCUCAGGUUUCAGCUUUAUGUUGGAUGCCUUAGAACAGGGGUGCCCAAAUCCAGGCCCUCGAAGGCCGACCUCCUGCUGGUUUUCCAGGAAUCCUGCCUUAUUUGCUGCUGAUUACCUGGACAGGUGUGUUUAGCCAAUAAGGAGCUUCGAUGGAAGGCUGCAGGAUGCCGGCCCUCGGGGCCUGGAUUUGGACGUCUCCGCCUUGGAACUUAAGUUUUAUUACACGUUUGUAAAGAAUCCUCACAUAUCAAGUGCCAGAUGUCCACGAGUCUCACCUGAGCUUCAGGUAGUAAGUUGUGACCCCCCCCCCCUCCCCACCUCUGUCUAAAAAUGUAGCUAUCAGAAAAAGGGUGUGUGUGUGUGUGGGGGGGGGGGGGUAAUGACAGUUAAAAUCUUAAACUCCUCCUCCUGACUGAGAGUGACCCCCCCAACCCCACACUAGACAUGGAAGUUACUGAGCAUGCUCAGUUAGGUCUGAACAGCUGCCUUUAAAAUAUUCAACUUCUGAUCAUAUGAGACCUUCUGGGGAAUAUCUGGAAAGUGAAGGUGAACCCCCCCCCCCGACCUGUCUCUCAUCACCGACAUUAUGCAGCUGUUGGGGGGGGGGGGGGGGGGUCAGGUGUUGGGCCGUGCCUUUGCCGUGUGGAUCUCGUCAGCUGCUGCUCUUUGCUGUGUUUCAUACUGAAGAUGAUCUGCUUCAGAACCACGGACAGAAGGGGAGGGGGCACCGCAGCCCCCCACCCCCACCCCCACACACACACAGGUCAGGUCAACUUUCAAUUUAAACAGUACUUCAUGCACAUACAUGUGUUCCACUUCCGUUUGAAGAUCCCUAUAAGACAGACGCCGUUCAGAGUACUAACCACGGAAUUUAUGGUUUAUUUAUUGAACUGAUGCUCAGAUCUGUGUCACUUCCUGUAUGCACUUCACGUGUGGUGGGCGGAGCUUGUUUCUCUUUGUGUUUUGUGUGACGCCGCUCCUCCUGCAGGUUCAGGUUCUGACUUCACUGCAAAUGAAGGAUCCUGGGAAAAGCUGGUUCUCUUAAGAGAACCCAGAGUUUCAGUGGAUGGUCAUUGGAUGCUGCCCCCCCCUUCCCAGCGGGGGCCCAGGGUUCUCUGUAGACCCUGCUCUACCAAAAAAAGCAUUCACAUCUACUUCUUCAGCCUUUUGAUCAGUCACUGUUUGAAUGGCGAAGCAGCUUUAACCUCUGAUGAGUGAACGGCGAACGGAGGAUGUUUCUGUGUCACUGCUCCUUCUUUCUUUGUAAUCUUGACCUGGAUUGUCGGGCAUGGCAGCUUUGCAGUGGUUUUUAAAUAAACGUCUUUCAUAUUUGGA